AUGUCACGCCGUGUCGUUAAAACUAAAAAUCGUUGGACAACGGCCCAGCUGGAAUUGUUGGUAGCGGUGUGGGAGAAAUACUACCAACAUCUCAAGACAGGUCGGGGCCAUGAAGAAAUUUACGAUAUGAUGGUAGAAGAACUCAAAAGCGCGGGAUGCUACGAUGCAACCGUAAAACAGGUUCGAGGUCGCAUACAUAACCUCAGCGGAAAGUUUAGAAAGGAGGCUAACGAGGUUCAGAGAACUGGUAUACCAUCGCAAUGGAGUUUGUACAGCAAAAUCGAGAAUUUCUUCGAAUAUACAGCUCCGACACACUAUAAGAAUGUAGGCCCUCCGGUGUACGAUAUGUCUGAGUAUCUGGAAAUGGAUCUCGUCAUGGAGGAACAGAUUGAAAGACGCACAACUAACAGGAAAAGAACAGGGCAAUAUGAACAUCCUAGAGAGUUUGAGCUGGAUGAAAAUUCGCUGGAUAUUGAGGACGAUGAACUUGAACCUGACGAAGAUUCGAUGGAUGUUGAGCAUGCAGAUCAAGAAGAAUAUUCCGAAACUGUACAGUACGAUGAUGAAAACACGGUCCAUGGAUUUCAUGAAACAGAAGGUUCGAAAUCGGGUUGGUCUGGAGAAAAGCAGGCAAGCCAGCAGGAACAAUCAGAGCCACAGAGACCUGAAACAAAGAAAUCCGACCCGAACGAUACUGUUUCCGAUACAGAUUCAUUAACAGAUACAGAUGAUGAAUCGUCUUUUGUGGAAUCAUCGGAACAGAAAUCCAGAACACGAGUGAUUCAUAUUAAAUCUUCCUUCCGGCAUGCAGUUAUUGAAACAUUUUUGUCCCAACUGUACAGCAAUCAGAUGUAUGCGGACGUUAUGUUGAUAACAUGCCACGAUGGUACCACGUGUGUGUUGCCAGCACAUCGAACAGUUUUGGCAAAUUUUAGUGAGUUCUUCUCCAGCAUACUGGGAGCGCUGAAACCGAGCACAAACGGGAAUCCAAUUACCGUAUGCCUUCAGCCAGACAUAUCGCAACCUGUAAUGCAGCUGCUGCUGCAGUUCAUGUACACGGGCAAAGCGUCAGUUGGGGAUAAACUCAUGGGCGAUUUUAUACGUUGCGCACAAAUUCUUAGAAUACGUGGUGUUUGGACUGAAGAAAAGGCAGAGUUGGAGGAACAGCGCAACCAACAGCCUUCCCAGACAGGCAGGAAAUCAGUGAACGAAGGCGUUCGUUCUUUAUCCUCGUUGGGCGAGGAACGUUCCACAACAUCCUCCCAGGUAACGGUGGUAGGUCAAUCUCCAAAAGAUUCAAGCAGCGAUACGGAAGAAUCAAGCCAGCAACCAACAAAGAGGCGUAAAAAAAUGACCAAGAAAGCGAAACGUAUGCGCAAAAAAAGCGAUCAAGAAUUGGAGAAUUUGGAGGUGUCUUCUAAAAUUGGGUUUGAUUUGCUGCGAUCAGAUGUAGAAACUGAGGAAAACAAACGGGAUGUCAAUGAUAAACAAACGGCCCGUAACAAUACGAUCAAGGAUGCCGAAGAUAAUGCAGUUGAUGGUUUUGAUGAGAGUGAUUAUGAUGAAGAUGUCUUCGACGAUGAGGAUGAUAGCGAUGGAGAUACAAGUUUAGAUGAUGAUGAAGAGGAUGAAGAUUUCGAGACCGAAUACAUCGAGACGGAAACCGACAAGGAAAAUGCUAUCCAAGACAUGGCAAACGGAGAUUCAGUAAGCACCACAGCUGUGACAAUACUGGAACCAGGGCCAGAACAAGAAACACCACAGACAGCAACAGAACCUGAACAGAUAUCCGAGAAGGAAAAGAUAAAACUUUAUGAUCGGAUAGAACAAAAUGGUAAUAUGAACGGAAUCAGCCCCCGCGAUGAGGAAUCACACGAAAGCGCUCCGUCCCAUGAUGAGGAAGAAGUGGUACGUGAGAGGCCAGUAUCGAUAAAAACAAUCCGACAGGUUGAAGCUGCUACACAACCAACCGAUUUUCGCCGUAAACUUAAACCUGUACCGUCCGUUCCACGUAACCAGCAAUCUUCGCUAAAUCAAACGAAUUCUCAGCCUACCCAUUCAAGCAAAUCGGUACCGGUACGGCAAUUUAACCAGCAAAGCUAUGCAAAACAAUCGACAAGCCGAAGUCAGUUUGUGCUCAAGAUACGGUCGGUGUACAGUUGUAAAAUAUGUGGCAACCGCUUCAGCACGUCCGACGGUUGGGUGGAGCACGUGGUUUACGAACAUUCUAAAGACGAAAAUCUAACGGUCAACAAUUCGGAAGGACACCUGACGAUGCUGCAGUGCGAUCUGUGCAACAAAUAUCUUGGUUCAGAAUACGAUUGGGUGAAUCACAUAUUGAAGAAACACACGGAACGGUACCCACACUUUCACGAGGAGCUCUCGAUGUCGGACGAAUGA